CAAAAAGCGGUAUGAACUAAUUGCGGAGAGGAAGGGGCCGUUAUUUGGAGUGGUCAGCGGAUUUGUUUAUAAAUGACAGUCAUAACUGUGCAUUAUAUAGGCGCUGAUAAUACUUAGAGGUGCUAGUGCAGUCUGUCAACAUUAUGUUUCCUUUAUGUGGAUAAUAACAUUGACGGGGCAGUUUGUCAUCGAUGUCAAGAGCGGAAUAAUCAAAUUGAACCUGCUUCGCGUUUUAUGUGACCCGACAGUUUGCGUUGGAGAAACCGUAUGUCGAGUCAAUGAUGUCAGGAAAGCAUUACAAGGGACAAGAAGUCAGUUGCUGCAUCAAAUAUUUCAUAUUUGGAUUUAACAUCAUAUUUUGGUUGCUGGGGGUGGCUUUCCUUGGAAUUGGAUUAUGGGCAUGGAGUGAAAAGGGAGUUCUCUCGAACAUCUCCUCUAUCACAGAUCUGGGUGGAUUUGACCCAGUGUGGUUGUUUUUGGUAGUGGGAGGAGUGAUGUUCAUUCUGGGAUUUGCCGGCUGUAUCGGGGCCUUGAGAGAGAACAGCUUCCUGCUCAAAUUUUUUUCUGUGUUUCUGGGGAUAAUCUUCUUCCUGGAGCUGACUGCUGGGGUCCUUGCCUUUGUCUUUAAAGACUGGAUUAAAGAUCAGCUUAACUUUUUCAUCAACAAAAACAUACAAGCGUAUAGAGAUGACAUUGAUUUGCAGAACCUCAUCGACUUCACUCAGGAAUAUUGGGAUUGCUGUGGGGCAUUUGGAGCAGACGACUGGAACCUUAACAUCUACUUUAAUUGCACAGACACCAACCCCAGCCGAGAAAAAUGUGGCGUGCCCUUCUCCUGUUGCACCAAAGACCCCGCGGAGGAUGUUAUUAACACGCAGUGUGGAUAUGAUGUUCGGGCAAAAUCGGAUGCAGAGCAAAAGACUUACAUUCAUGUCAAAGGAUGUGUGCCGCAGUUUGAGAAAUGGCUUCAGGACAACCUGACAGUUGUGGCUGGAAUCUUCAUAGGACUCGCACUACUGCAGAUAUUUGGAAUAUGCCUGGCACAAAAUUUAGUCAGCGAUAUUGAAGCAGUGAGAGCCAGCUGUUUGUUCACAUGAAGUGGCAGCUAUUCGUUCAGACAUUCACAGCAGGUCUAUGCCAGCAUGACACCGGUUGCAACUGAUGAAUCCAAGAUGCCAAGUGCACUGGGUUGUGUGUGGGCAGAUCUGACCGCACCAUUACCUUGUACCUGUAUCUGUAAAUACUGCUACUUUUCGAGAGUAUUUUAUGUGUCAAAAUGUGUAAUACAUGUGAGAAAAUGUUUGUGUCCAUGCUGUUGAAGUGAGAAAGAGUGUGUGUGUGUGUGUGUGUGUAUUUGAGGGUCAGUGAGGGAUUUGAGGGUCAGUGAGGGAUUUUUUUUUUCAUUGUCAAACUAUGUCCUGCAAUGUUAUGUUUUGUUUAUCUUAAUAACAUUGUUUACUACAUGCACUUAAGUAGCAUUAUAUUUGAUUUCUUUUCUUUUAAAGCACUGGGGUAACAAUACAAAUUUAAAGCAAAUCUCGUUCCAAUUGAUGGAAGAGACCGUAAUAUUAGGGAAUAAUGCAGCUUGUGUUCUUUAAUGCUAUUAAGCAGUCAGAAAGUAUUUUAAAAUUCAUUUUUUUGUUAUGUUUUUAUGAAAUGGCAUCCUUGCACUAAUGAAAUCCUGGUGGCACUUUACAAUGUGGUUCCACAGUUAACAUGAACGAACAACGAACAAUACUUUAACAGCAUUUAUUCAUCUUAGUUCUUUGUUCAUUACUACAUAUAGCAAAAAAAAAUUAAAAUCAAAAGUUGCAUAUGUUUUCAUUUGUGAACUAACAAUAAACAAUUACAUUUUUUAUUAACAAAGAUUAAUAAAUGCUGUAAAAAUAUAUUGUUUGUUGUUAGUUCACGAUACCUAAUGCAUUAGCUAAUGUUUACGAAUAGGACCUUAUUGUAAAGUGUUACCAAAAUUUUCUUAUUACAUGUUUAUCUUUCACAAACAAUUUCUGAUCAAAGACAAAAAUGUAACAUAACAGUUUUUUCUGUAUCAGGACUGAAAGGUUCCAUCCAUCCAUCCAUCCAUCGUCAACCGCUUAUCCUGUGUACAGGGUCGCGGGGGACUGAAAGGUUGUUAGUUUUAAAUAGUUUUUUUUGCAGGUUGAGUGUCAUUUCUGGCACUUUAACAAUCCCAAAAUAGAUGGGUGGUAUGCCACUCUGUAAUGAACUAUAACACUCGUUUAAUUGAACAUCACUAAAACACCUUUUAACACAUCUUUGUCUCUCUCUCUUUUUUUUCUCAAGGUCAUACUGGUGUCAUUUUUACUAAUCUGUUUUCAAAUAUUUUAAUAACUCUACAACCAUGUUAAUGUUUUCAAUUAGAGAGGAUAGACACGAUUUUUGAAGUCUGAACCUGUUCUCUGGUGCCAGUUAUUCAAGCACCAGUUCAUGCUCCAGCAAUAAGGACAAAAGCUCUCAAUAAAUGAUUUCGCCACAUUUUAGUGGGUACAUUUUCUGUGUUUGGACACUC